AAGCGGCGGUGCGCGGAGCAGGAAGGAGGAAGCCAUGGCGGCGGCGGAGGCCGAGUGGGAGCCCGCGGGGCUGCUGCCGGCCGCGGGGGGCGGCCUGGACUGGGAGGCGGUGCUGGGCGAGGAGCUGGGCGAGCUGCUGGGCGCCGCCGGGCCGCCGCGGGAGAUGGGGGACGAGGCCGAGGAGAAUGAUCUGUAUAACUUUCAUUUUGACUUGGAUUUGAUGUCUUGGGACUCAGACCUUUGGAACAUUACAAGCCACGCUUAUUCAGAUGCAAACGUGAAGACAGAGCCCUUAUCGCCAGCCACUUCGAGUUGUUCAGUCCCUUCUCCAUCGUCUGCGGAGUCGCCAGUGCAGAAUGUGCCUGAUGAUAUGGACUUCAGCUGUAGCUCCCAGAUGUCUCCCAUCUCCCUCUACAUCAAGAGUUCUGGAAGCCCCGCGUCCCCUGAAGGAGAUGCAGGGAAGAAGCCUGCUGUCAGCGCCACUUCUCGCUCUGCAAAUAAUUCUGUGAAAACUCUGAAGAAAUGUCAGUCAGCGUCUAGGCCUUCAAUACAACCGAAACCCCUUCUGCCUGCUGUACCUGAGGCUCAGGCUAACAUUGGCAUCCCAGCUAAAACCAUCAUUAUUCAGACUCUUCCAACACUUGUGCCGCUGCCAAAGCAUCAGCCAGUUGUUAACAUCCAGCCAGCACCUCCCAAAGGUCAAUCAGUGGUGCUCCCCCAGCCCACCAUGGUACAGCUCCAGGCUUCUGGGGUGCUUCCUGCCUCCCAGCCAGUCAUUGCUGUCACUGGGGGGACCACGCAGCUCCACAAUCACACGGUGAAUGCGCUGCCCCCGGCUGCUGGAAAUGGCUCAACAAGUGGCAAAAUCGCAGUGACUAAACCCUUGCUGCAAAGCACCACACCGACAGUGGGGCUGGAUGUCAAUGUCUUGAGAAGGCAGCAGCGCAUGAUCAAAAACCGGGAGUCAGCCUUUCAGUCACGGAAGAAAAAAAAAGAAUACAUGUUGGGACUAGAGGCCAGGCUGGAGGCAGCCUUACUGGAGAAUGAGAAACUCAAGAAAGAAAACAGCACACUGAAGAGGCAGCUGGAUGAAGUGGUAUUAGAGAACCAGAAGCUCAAAGUAUCAUCUCCUAAGAGAAGAACCCUGUGUGUGAUGGUGAUACUGGCUUUCAUAAUGUUGAAUUAUGGUCCACUGAGUAUAUUCGAAAAAGAUCCCAAUGGAGUCGACUCCACUGUGAGUUCCAACCACCGGACGCGAAAUCUUCUGGAGUUCUCAGCUAGCCAGGAGUCCAGCACAGCGCAGAAAAUACCUGGUGACGUAAUUUCCGAGAAGAGUAAUAGGUACGAUCAUUCUGUGUCUGAUAACAAAGCACUGAUGAUAGUAUCAGAAGAACCACUAUUGUAUAUUUCACCACCACCACCACCCUGUCAGCCCCUGAUCAACCGGACAGAGUCACUGAGGCUAAAUCAUGAACUUCGAGGAUGGGUUCAUAGACAUGAAGUGGAACGAACAAGGUCUAGAAGGCUGUCAAAUACCCAACAGCAGAAAGCACGGGUUACGCAGAGCUCCCUCAGUGAGAAGGUAGAUUCCCAGCUAAUGGCCAUGCCUUAUACAGACACCAGCCUCAGCAGGAACUCAGGGAACGAGCUGCAAGUGUAUUAUGCCUCUCCAAGGAGCUAUCAAGACUUCUUUGAAGCUAUUCGCAGAAGGGAAGAUACAUUCUACGUGGUGUCAUUUCGUAGAGACCACCUGUUAUUGCCAGCCACCACACAUAACAAGACCAGAAGACCAAAGAUGUCUAUAGUGUUGCCAGCUGUAAACAUCAAUGAGAACGUGAUCAAUGGGCAGGACUACGAAGUGAUGAUGCAGAUCGACUGCGAAGUGAUGGACACCAGGAUUCUCCACAUUAAAAGUUCAUCUGUCCCUCCGUACCUCCGGGAGCAGCGCAGGAAUCACACCGACGCCUUCUACAGCUCGUCCCCCUCUGUCUCAGAGACGCCCCAUGCCCUGAGGGCAAUUGUCAAGUCCCUGCAGUAGCUCCUGCAGUGUAGCAGCGCGGCCCGUGCACCCUGCCUGAGCCCCGAUGCUGGCAGGUCCCUGGGGCUCCGGGCACAGCGAGGGCGGCUUAUAGCCCAUUCCUGUGCCUGACCCCACCAAACGGCCGCAUCCUGUCCUGCCCAGGGACUGCAGAGCUCUGCCAGCUGGGGCCAGGCCUGGGGGACCCGUGCAGCGUGAUGCCCAGUGCCAGAGGCACGGGUGACGCACGCUGCCGCAGUCCUGGUGUCCGGCAUCAGCAGCUGGUGCCCCGCACUGGCAAAGGGGGCACUGGCCAUCCUUGCUACUUAUGCACUGUCCAAAAUUUUUUUUUUUUUUUUUUCCCUCCCCGUUCAGCCAUCUCUUGAAGUCUGGUGCUGAGCACUGGUGGCCUGUCCAGAGACACUGCUGCGAGGGCCUGUGCCUGAGGCUCAGGACAGCAGGAGGAAACAGUGUCCAGAUCCAGACUGCACCCCCUAGUCCUGGCCCUGCACCCCUGGAGCAGGACCAUCCGUCCCUGCCAGAGUGGCUGGUCAUCCCCAGGCCUCGUCACCUGCCCCAAACCCUUCCCCAAGCAGCCUCCCUCACCGGGGGAGCUGGGGGCUGCUGCCUGGGGCUGCAGGGGUACCGCUGGUGCCACGCAGCGAGGUGCGACAGCCCUCUGGGCACUGGCAGCCAAGGCACUACAAGCAGAACAACCUGCACUGCCACCAGGCGUGCCCCGAGGGCUCCCUGCUGCCCGGCCACCUGUGGAGCUGCUAAAACAGGGUCCUGCUCCUGGGGUCACCCUGCAGAGGGAGUCCCACGUUUGUGCCCACCGAGCAGGGUGCCCAGGUGUUACGGGGCCCUGCCCACCGAGACAUGCACAGCCUCACCUGUGUGCACGCAGCUGCAUGGCAAAAGGCUGGGGCUUGGCCGCAGGGUGGUGGUUUAGUGCAGCAUAACCAUCACUAAAGAUUGUACUUCUUUAUCCACCCCCCCCCCUUAUUUCUUUUUUUAAUUUUGGGUGAUAUUUAAUGUUUCUCACUGCUACCAGCCUGCUGAGCGGCUCUGCCUCUGUUCGCAGGCUCGCGGGGCAGGCAGCAUCGCCCUGGCAGCGCCAGCCCUGCUGGGGCAGGAGGGCACUUUGAGUGCGGUGGGACACAGCCACAGCACCUUCCUCCCGAAACACGCACACAGACAUACACAGGAGCACCUUCCGCCCAAAACACACACCCGGUCUCCACCCUGGCACCCCCCCAUCAUGCAGCAGGGCAGCCUGCCCCGAGCCCUGAGCCACCCGAAGGGGCUCUUGCUGAGGUUCCCGAGUGCCACCACAAAAGCCCUCUGCCCUCUUUUGCCAGCCGGGGCUGGGCCGAGGGGAUGCAGCGCGGUGCUCAGCUGGGGUCGGGAGCCAGCAGAGCAUCAGCCUUGCUUAAUGACUUCAGCAUGUUGUUACUUUUUUCCCCCUUGCAGUUAGCACAGAAGAUGAUCGGCUUCGGUUUGCCAGACCAUUGGCUUUCCCUCCUUGUCUGAACCACUUACUGAUGUGUUUUUUUUUAAUUAUUAUUAUUAUUAUUAUUAUUCUUUGUGUGUGUGUGUGUGGCUGUUAGGAAAUAAAGGUUGAUCCCACAGAAAGACAAACAGCUCAGGGGAGGCGAAGGAGGAGGGCGAGCAGCAAUACAUCCCUGUGAAAUAUGUGCCUUGCAACACUGUGGAAAAGCUUUGCCCUUUGCCACGUAGUCAGCGCCGCACGGCCCCCGUCCCCUCGGCUCUGGAGCUGCUGGGAAGCAGCCGGGCUCGGCGAGGGGCUUGGCUGCGCUCCUUGCACCAGUUCUGUUUUCCUGGCCCGGGCCCCACCUGACCGCGGGCCAGCUCGCGCAGUCAUCGAGAAGAAACUCCCCGGCUGUGCCCCAGCCAGAGGCACGCAGCCCCCGCCGCGCCCGCGCUGCUCUGGGGGGGCCCUUUGCUGCUGGGAGCCACGGCAGGGACCCGGCGGUGGUGGCCGCGCUCCCGCAGCGGUGCCGUGGGUCGGUUGGGGCGGGGAGGGGUGCACCCGUGGGUGCAUCCACAACAGGGCUGUGGAAAGGGCCACAGGGGUGGCAGGGCAGCAUCUCGAGCCUGGGGGCUGGCACAGAGGGGUCGGGGACAUGGGACCGCUGCGGUCGCACAUCCUCAGCCCAGCGGGCACCGGUGGCAGAGAGCACCUCUCUUCCCGUGUAGUCCUCUUGUCUGUGUCCCUAGCACUGAUGGCAAUAAAAUCGUUCUCUUAUUUAUUAC